UCCGUAUUUUAGCCCGUCAGUUAAUUUGUUGCUGUGUAGAAAUGAACAUCCGCUUGUUACAAACAAAUCGAGAAAUCUGAAUUUGUGAAUCACCGAAACACACGAAUAUUAAGAAAAGUUAUAUUCAAGUCAAUCAGAGAUAUGGAAAUCUUCAACGCAGUUGUCCAGUGGUUUUCAUUGCAUAGAAAUAUUCAUGAAAAUUAGCUUUUGCAACCAGUUGCUAACCUAGGCCCACUGUUAUGUUUGCGUAAGAAACGCUUGUGGACGUGAGGUCAAUGAUCAACAAGGGAGUCUAACAGGAAAAAAGAAAUUAAAUAAAAUUACAAAAUGGUUAUCAGCAAUGAUGGAUGGCCUGAAUCGUUCGGGUUUUCUAUUGCUGGUGAUGCCCCAGUCGUUGUGGUGUCUAUAUUGCCGAAUUCUGUUGCUGAAAGCGCGGGGCUUCAUGUUGGUGACCAAAUUUUAGAGAUAAAUGAAAAGAAUGUCCAAGGGCUAAGCAAAGAGCAAGUGACACUAGUUGCAAGACGGUCAAAUAGAGUUCCACCUUCCCUAGCUGUUAUUUCAAGGAUCCGUACUUUUCGCUUGCAAAGAAGAAGACAAGGUUAUGGUUUGACUUUACGAGGGUCCAGACCCGUUCACGUGGAGAGUGUAGCCAAAAAUUCUCCAGCAUAUGAGGCGGGAAUUUGCCCUGGCGAUAUGGUUAUUCAAGUGAAUGGACGUUCUGUGAAAAGACUUGAUAGACAAAAUGUUAUGAAGUUGAUAGAAUUGAGCAGUAAUAAUGUCACUCUAAAGUUGAUCGCUGGCAGCUCUGCAAUCAAGCGGUUUGAGAACAAGUACUCGUCAAAAACUUCUUCAAGGCAGAAAAAAGCCCGUGAAUUUUUCAAACAGAUGAGCUAUUAUCUAACUGGUGAAGAACAUAAAAAGACCUUGCUUAUUGCACUAAUGAAAAGAUAUGCAAAGGAUAGAGACAUUGAGAGGUUUUCCCGUCUUGUUUCAUGUUUGCUCACCAAUGAAGUUCAGCGUAGACUUCUAAAACCAAUAAGGUAUUUCAUUCCGUCUAAGCACAAACCAUUCUUUGAUGCAAUAGUCAGUCAAAACUACUCAAGCACUGGACCAUUUGAGGAUACAACACUUCGAAGUGCGGAAAAACAUUCCCCUAGGGACUUUAAUCACCAACAUUCGCCAAGAAAUGCAGAUGAUCCCAGAAUCCGAAGCAAAACUUGGUCAAGGGCAACAAGUACACCUUUUCAGAAUACAGAUUCAAGAACUUCAAGUUUUUCAAGACAAGCUGCAAAGACAAACAGAAAAGAACCACCUUGCAGGAUUGUGCAUCUUCAGCGAGAAAGUGGGAAUGCUCCUUUUGGUUUCACUAUCAGUGGUUACAACCCUGUGUUUCUUCGUUCCGUUGAUGAAGGUGGAUCGGCUGAAGCUGCUGGAUUAAAGCCAGGGGAUUGCAUAAUUGAAAUAAAUGGCAUCAAUGUGAGACAAGCGUCUCACGACAGUGUUAUCGAAAUCCUGAAGCACGCCGGAAAAUCACCUAGGUUAAUUGUCCAAUGGCGGCCGGUUCCUUACCAGCUAAGGAAUGGUAUCUCACCAAUCCGACCGGAUGCUGCUGCUUCUAAUCAACAACAACAGAAUGAAGAUCAUUCCGGUUCUGAUUCGGCACUCGAGUCUGAUAUUUCACCUCGAAAUGAAUCAAACCAGCAGUCAUCGUCGGGUGUUAACCCCGAACCGGACCAGAAGCAUUUGCUCCGGCAUUUGAAGGAUCAGAUGAAUAUGCUACUGACAAGAGGAGAGCAACUUGUGGUGAGACAGGCAAUCUCAUACUACCAUAGUGACAGAGAUGUAAACAAACUGAUCUAUGCACUGGAGCCUGUUCUCGACGACCCGUUGAAAUUGCAGAUGCUACACUGUAUUAGUCGACUGCUGCCCCCAGAAGCACAAUUGGAGUUUGAGCGGCUGGCAGUAGAGAUGGUGGCCAGGCAAAUGGAAAAUGGCAUCAUCAUUAGCGCAUCGACUACAGCCCAUGAAAUAUUUGAUAUAUUGUUCCGUGUUCAAGGCAGUAAACUGGCUGAAACUGAUAGGCCCCGAAACCUUAUUGGGGGCCUAAUAGACGUGAAGCCAGACCCAUCGUCUACAUCCAAACAAGUUUCCACUAGCAACUCAACCGGAUCACUAGGAUCAGACUUGGAUCAUUCGCCAGUAAAAGCCGAUUCCUCGUAUGAGCAGCUAGAUAUCACCCCAGUAAAGGAUUCGACAUUUGAGGCACUGAUGUCUAUAGAUGACGCCCAGUUGUCUCCACGGACUAACAAUAGCGGCCCAUCGCGAAUAAUAGCAACCGCCAUGGUCCACUCUCCUCCACAGUUAACCAAAGGCGCAGCUGACAACUCCGUCGCCGAUUCAAACAACAACGAGGGCAGAGGAUCUUCAACGGAGAAAACUGUGGAAGAGACGGUCAUUGACGAUGUGUUUGACGAACUGCCGCCAGAUGAUAGAACGAGGCUGACCGACAAGGAUAUCGAAGAUUUGAAAAGUGAGCUCCGAAAAGCUCAACAGGAGGCUGAGAAAGCUAGGAUGGAGGCUGAAGAAGAACGCAAAAAACAGAACCAGACACAGAAAUCUGAUUCUGUUUCAUCACCAAACUCAAGUAGCAGUAAGCCAAAAAAUAUUGCCGAUGAAAUUAAAGAAAAGUCAUUUGGUAUGGAGCCUGAAAGAAUGAGAACUGUCAGCACAGAUGAUCAUGUUAUACUGCCAGGCCAGUUUAUGCCUCCUCCUCCCCCACCACCCAUGGCACCUGCUCCUCCGCCGCCCCCUCCACCUCCUCUUGGUGGUGCUGCUGCGAAUGCAAUGCAGCUCAAGAGAAUCAACUGGGAAAAGUUAUCUGGUCCUGCUAUCGAGAAUACGGUCUGGGGAAAGCUCGGUAAUGAAGACGAAAUCGAUGAUAUGAUCGACUUCAAGGAAUUAGAAUCCCUCUUCAGCACCAAAAGGGUACCAAGGAAAGAAAAAAAGACAGAGAAGAAACAAGCUUCGAUUCUGGAAGCCAAGAAGACGUAUAAUUUAUCAAUUCUACUUGGUCAUCUGAAAAUGCCCACGGACGAUAUUUUCAAAGCUGUCCUAGCAGUUGAUGAAUCGAAACUUUCAGAGCCCCAUAUUCGCACUUUGCUCAUGUGUGCACCAGAACGGCCAGAGAUUGAAUCGUUUAAUAGUUUCAGUGGUGAUGCCAAAUCGUUGAGUACUUCCGAUGCAUUCACUGCCAAGAUGCUGAGCGUUCCAAAAUACAACGAAAGGCUCCGUGCAAUGCUUUUUAAGGCACGCUUUUACGACCGAAUCGACGAAAUACGGCCUGACAUAGACUCUGUAAGCAAAGCAUCAGAGGAAGUGAAAUCAAGCAAACUGCUAAUGAAAAUUCUUGAGAUCGUCCUUGCUACUGGAAAUUACAUGAAUCAAGGCAAUACCAGCAUGUCUGGCGCUUCUGGGUUCAAAAUUUCGUUUCUUACAAAGCUCAUAAGCACGAAGACGAGUGAUAACAAAUCAACUCUCCUUCAUGUUAUUGUCAAUUCAAUCAAGAACAACAAAUCUGAAUUGCUCGAUGUUAAAGACGAACUUCCAAACGUACCCCAGGCCGCUAAAGUUUCAAGCCAAAUGCUCAGCCUUGAAAUUGCAGAGCUGCGAACUGGAAUGAAGGAAAUACAAGAUGAGUUGAAAGUUUACGAAUCAGACGAUAAAGACGACAAAUUCUGUGAAGUUAUUGGUAAAUUUAUAGAAAGAGCUGAGAAUCAAUUUAAGGACUUGAUGGACACAUACGAAAAGAUGACAACGUCCUUCAAACAAACAGCUGAGUUUUAUGGCGAGACGAAGAUCACGACUGAAGAUUUUUUUGGCGCUUUUGCUAUUUUUCUACAAAACUUUGAGAGCGUAAAGAAAGAUGUGAUGUCAGAAGAAGAAAGGAAAGAAUACUAUGCCAGAAAGGAAAAGGAAUUCGAGGAAAUGAGAAAGCGAAGAGGCUCGUCCGUGAGUAGAAGCCGUACUCAAAGUGAAGAAAGACAGACUCCUGUCUCUGUGGUUGACGAAACUGAAAUUGCGAAAGGAUUUGAAGCUAUCGUGAAAAAGAGAUUUCCAGACGGAACUGAUGGUGAAAGGGAGGGUGAUAUUUUGAAAAACUCGCUAAACGAAGUUGUGACUCAUAUCAAGGCUUCAAAUGAGUUGCCUUCCCGAAAACGAGACAGUGACAAAGGCGUUGAAGAAAGUGCCACUGAAUCAGGCUCUAAAAAUGUCAGUAGAUCGGAUAUUUAUGGACCCAAAAAGGAAGUGUUUGAUAAUUUAAACAGCCAGCUUUCUAAAGUCAAUGCUGACCGGUCGCUGGACACGACUCCAGGGAAGGAGGGGAAUGCGUUUACCUCGCUGUUAAGACGAAGACCGACGGUUGAGGAGAGUAAACAUGAGGAGAAAAAGACUGAAGAAUCUUUUUUCAGUACGCUACCAAGGACCAAAGCAAAGCCCCCACCAACCAUUCCCAAAAAGAAGAAGGUACCCCCUCCACCUGUGAGGCCUAAACCCAAGCCUGGCACAGGUGAGAUGAGAGCAGCCACUCUUCCCCGGUCGUUGUCAAAGGCAAGACCUACAGAGCAGCCAGAAAGUGUUGGCAGCCCAAAACAUUCAAGAAAGAUUUCUGUGCCAGCAAAAAUGCCACAUGACCCGUUGUCUUCCUCAGAGGUUGAAGCCAAUCAGGAAAAAAAGAAGUUGUCUGUUACUCUCGAGGAGAAGGCAAACAUGCGAAACGAGGCUGCUGUAAGCGAAAUUAAAGACAGUGUGAAAGGUUUACUAAAGGGUACAGACUAUCAAGGAACAUACACUGAACUUUCAAAACAGUCGGCAUCAAUCACAGUCGCUGGUAAGCCUUCAGAAACCAGUGGGAAACAUGGAGAAACGUCAAAAGCAAAAGCAGAAUCGACGGCGAUCGGAAAGCCAAAAGUGACUGAACAGCCUACUCAAAAGUCAAAUGAAUUAGUUAUAAAUUUGGGAAAGACACUCCCAACAUAUAAGAUCGAAGUUAGCUAUUUUGAAGAGAAGCAAAACCCCCCAGAAGAAACAAGAAUCAGAGUAAAUUCCAUGAGCGAAAAGCCAAAGAAGCCAACAAGAAAAAUCUCAGAUCAUGUGACGAUUAAACCGUUUGAAGCAACCAAUGUGAGCCCAGGCUACGAACAGAAAGAUUACGAUCAUGAGGAUGAUGAUUAUGACAACCUGCCGUCUGAUAAAUUCGAUGAAAAGGAUGGCCAAGUUGAAGAAACACCUGUUAAUGUAGUAGAAGAUGAGCCCGAUUAUGCCAUUCCGGGUUUUGCAACCUAUGACCGGAAACCAGAAGAUUCAAAACAAACUCGUCUGGAUGGAAAAGCUGAUAAUGUUUUGACCAGGAAAAAAGAUAGCGACAGCUUAAAUGAUUACGAUUUACUGGAAAAUUUCGAGCAAGAAGGUAAUAAUGAGGCUAGUAAGUCUACAGACACACGUAAAACCAGCUUACAAAUCCGGCCUAAUCGACGACCUGCUCGCAGUUUAUCUUUGAGUUCGUCCCAGAGCUCGGAAAGUGAUUCUCCUAAAUCUUAUAGGAAGUACAAGCAAAGUCGUUCUACAGCAUCCAAGACAAAGUCAUCGCCAUUGCAGAAAAUCAAGGGGGUUAUUGAUGGAAUAAGAAGUCGCUCUUCGUCGGAUGCUUCAACUACAAGUAACGUUCUAGAGAUGAAACCAAGCAGGGACUUUGCAAAUCUCAGUCCAAAACCAAUAUUAAAAUAUGGCGACCUAAGCUCACUACCAAACCGUUCACAAUCUCCUCAUUCAGUAACUUUUCAAGACUUUUCAUCCGAUGAAAGGGAAUCAGAGGUUGUAAAGCUGAGCAGCGAGAGUGAAGAUUUUAUUGAAAAUUCAGUACGAAUCCCAUCUUUACCCAAGGAACCCACUCCAAAGCCAACACUGGAUCCAGUAGCUCCACCUAUCCCUCCUUUACAUCGCUUAAAAAAACCGAUAAAAGAGCCAAGUAUCGCCAGAGGACCAAUAAUGCCAAUUCCAUUCCACUUGCGCAAGCAGAAUCAAGAAAGUGAACCAAGGCUAGAAAUGCCUCCAGCACCACCAAGUGGGCCACCGCCACCACCAAGUGGGCCACCGCCACCCCCACCACCAAGCGAACCACCCCCACCACCAAGCAAACCGCCUCCACCACCAAGCGAAAUCCCCCCACCACCAAGUGGACCACCACCAGCCAGUGAUCCCCCACCGUUGCCAAGUGAUCCACCACCACUGCUAACUGGUCCGCCACUUAGCAAGCCACCACCUUUGCCAGAUUCACCACCCAUGUCUUCUCAUAAAAAGCAAACACCCAAGAAACCAGGACCGUUGCCUGUAGAUUCUAUAAAUCCUGUACCAAAUGCAAGCAAUCCGUUGUCUCCAUCGAUUCCACAGUUUAAGCCACCCCCACCACCUGUGGCAAAACAAAAUGUGUCUGACUCUUCAUCGAAAGACAAGAAACCACCACCACCCCCAGCUCGUACAGUUACCCUUUCGCCAAGUCCCCCACAGAUUUUGUCGCCGGUAUCAGAUCAGAUGCUGUCACCGGAGAAAAAGUCUAAACCAGCACCACCACCAAAGCGAAUUCAGUCCCUGCCAAGUUCAGCAUCGCAUGUCAAGGACGCAUUAAAUCGAAAUGCACAGUUGAUUGUUUCGUCAAAUGAUGCAAGUCGCAAUCAAAAACCUCUAAAUGGAUCUGAUUCCAGAUUAAAACCAAUACCAAAUAAGCUUAUGAAUGGCAACAGCAGACAUGGCGAUAAAAGGCAGAACGCAGAACCUAUCAAAUGCCCGACCCCAGACCUUCAGGACUUUACAGAACCACUAGACAAUGUUCCAAUUGUACCCCCGCCGCCUUCCCCAUCACCCCCAAAGACCUCGUAUAUGGAUUCUUUUAUGAACAAGGGGGUAGAUUCCAAUAACAUUACAGACAAUAAGAAUCAAAGCUCGACGACGACAGGGACAAAACAUGCUGUGUCUAAUAUGAACAUGUUUAUGGUCAAGGUUUUACCCACGUCACCUCCGUUGAUUUUCAGAAAAGAUGAAGCCAACAUUGUGGACCAUACUGGAACUCCAAACGGAUUGUCUUCUACGCAAAAUUUUGACAUCAGCGAUCCUAUAGAUAAGUCAACGGAUUUCCAUGAAACGGAAGAAAAGCGAGACAGAACUCAGUCAGUUACCUCCGUUACGUCGGUUUCUUUUCCCCCGUUACCACCAGAUUCUUUACUCGCAUCGGUUGAUGAAAACUACGGCGAGAAUUAUGAAGAAGAGCAAAACUUUGAUGAAUCUCAAGUAGUAUUUCAUUUUUAGCCAACCCAACAAAGCCCUGAAUCUUUUUAAACGUAGCAUGAAUAUUUCUUGCGAUCCUGAUUUCAAAUGAGCAUUUGUAAUUCCCACGUUUUUGCAGCAACAUUUGCUCAAUCUACAGAAGAAAAUCAUGAUGUCUUUUACUGUAAUGUUGACAGUUACGUCACGGACUAUACCAUCAUCUUAGAGCUUUUUCAUGUCGCUCUGUUAGGAUGAUCACUACGAUCAUAUUCGUAUCGAAAUCUUUCUUACUUUUUCUGCAGUUCAAAAGAUGCCUUAUCUUAAUCUGUGGUUUAUUUUCCCCGUAGCAAUUGUGGCCUUCUAGGAUAGCUGCAAAAUUCUUUGAUUAUAUUAAUGAUAUUACAUGAUAGAAUUUUUAAUUCUGUUUUUGUAGAUAAGUGAUUUUAAAAUGGUAACUUACAUAUUGAUUUGUAAAUGAUUUUUAGGGACAGUUAAAUUUGAUUACACAUCUUAAUUUUUCGUCAUUUUUUAUCAUCUAACCGUAAAGUGCUAUGGCUCCCUACAUCCAACAUUUCAGGUUACAAUUUUUAACGACCUUUAUAAAGCUACAUUCUGGAAUCCUACAGAAGUAAGCGUAAUAAUGUUGUGUUUGACUCGAGUUAGCACUUUGGUUGUUGGCAAGAAAUUGCCACACCCCACAUAACCUGAAUAGCAAUAUGUCUUUGUUUUUGCCCAUGUACUUCCAACUACCAUGAGACCAAAACAAAUCUUAAAAGGGGUUGAAUAUUCCCCAUGGGCUGUGAUCGUGCCAAUCCCAAAGCUUUCCUUCCACGAGGGAAUUAAAAUAUUCUGUCGUUAUUAUUAACACAAAAUCAAUUUAUGCGUGCUUGUGACUUCCAUCCAUCCUAAGCAGCCAAAACAGACGCAUGGAAUUGGUUUUAAAUCUGACUUUAUGAAACUUGCUCAAGUCAUAGCACGCAUUUAGAAGAGGUAAAAUGUUAUUAAAAACAAGCUAAUUGUUUUCAAACGUAGCUCUUUCGUUUAUAUUGCUGGUUCCUGUUUCUAUCGACUAGGUACUUUACAAUAUCAAAUAGUGCUUAUCUCGCUUCCAUGUAAAGGACUGUUCUUUUGCUAACACGAUUUUCGUUAUUUAUGUUUUCAUCGUAUUUAAUUGUAUUGUAAAUUGGGGAUAUAUUGUAAAGAUAUUCUUUUAAAGCGA